AUGUGGGAAUUGAUUCCCAAGGCUGCAUGGCGCUUCCCUCGCGGUUUUCUUCACGACAACGAGGAUCUCAGCCAAUUGUGGUACAAGGAUUCUCCCUCAGGCCUGCAGGGCGGCAUCGCGUUUAAGACCUUCUCCGUCAACCCGGAGCUCUACCUCCCCUGGCUCCAGUCCGAGCUGCUCGCGCGCGGCGUAGAGUUCGUCCGCAGGAGGGUGCACAGCCUUGGCGAGGCAGCCGCCCUCGCAGGCCCGAACAGCAUCCUCGUGAACGCAACAGGCCUAGGCGCUCGCUCCCUCGUCGGCGUGGAAGACACAGACGUGUUCCCCAUCCGCGGGCAGACCAUCAUCGUGCACGCGCCCGGCCUCAAAGAGUUCAUCUCGCUCCCGCUCGGUACGGGCACGCAGGGCCAGGCGACCUACAUCAUCCCGCGGCCCUCGCCGCCGGGCGAGGUCCUGCUCGGCGGGACCUUCCAGCCGGACAACUGGGACACCUCGCUCGACGUGCCGACGGCGAAGGGCAUCUUUGAACGGUGCGCCGCGCUGGCGCCGCAGCUAAAGGACGCGGAGACGCGGGUCCUGCGCCACAACGUUGGGCUGCGGCCGGCGAGGAAGGGCGGUCCGCGCGUGGAGGCGGCGUGGACUGACGUGCCGCUGAAGAGCGAGCUGCUGCCGCUGCGGGAGAGCGAUGUGGGUGCGGAAGGACGCGUGUUGCUUGUCCACGCGUAUGGAUUCGGCGCUGCGGGGUACCAGAACUCGUGGGGCGCCGCGCAAGAGGUGACAGACUUGAUCGCAAGCAAAUUGAACAAUUGAGGAGGGGUGGUUGCCCGGGCUGCGCCAACGUAAGAAGAUCGCAACGGGAUGUAUGCUAGGUCGAGAAAACGUCUUACCGGUCAGUGUGUAGCAGCAAACUUGAAUGACGCGUAUGUAAGCGCCAAAUGUAUAGUUGCCUCGUACAGCUCAAAUAGCACUCAUGUAUCAGCAUCGCGUAGUUAGAGA